UCUCCCAAGAGCCAAGAGUUGAGCCUCGAAUCCCCGAAGUUUCAAUUUUAAUCCAUUGAAAGUAUGAACUCCCAAGGACCCAAGGGUGUUUGGUUGGAGAUGAUUUAAAGCGGAAUAGCACAUCCAUCUUGAAAAGUCUAUUAGGAAGUAGUAUAAGAUGGCAGAAGGGGAGGAUAUUCAGCCACUCGUCUGCGACAAUGGAACAGGAAUGGUUAAGGCUGGAUUUGCUGGAGACGAUGCUCCACGAGCUGUAUUUCCUAGCAUUGUUGGUCGUCCCCGUCACACAGGUGUGAUGGUGGGUAUGGGCCAAAAAGAUGCAUAUGUUGGGGAUGAAGCUCAGUCAAAACGUGGUAUUUUAACUCUGAAGUACCCUAUUGAGCAUGGUAUUGUUAGCAAUUGGGAUGACAUGGAGAAGAUAUGGCAUCACACGUUCUAUAAUGAGCUUCGUGUUGCCCCAGAAGAGCACCCUGUUCUCCUGACUGAAGCACCACUCAAUCCAAAGGCUAAUAGGGAGAAGAUGACUCAGAUUAUGUUUGAAACAUUCAACACUCCUGCUAUGUAUGUGGCUAUUCAGGCCGUUCUUUCCCUGUAUGCUAGUGGUCGUACUACUGGCAUUGUGCUGGAUUCUGGUGAUGGUGUCAGUCACACUGUCCCCAUCUAUGAGGGGUAUUCCCUCCCACAUGCUAUCCUCCGUCUUGACUUGGCUGGUCGUGACCUUACUGAUUACUUGAUGAAAAUUCUUACUGAGCGUGGUUACUCAUUCACCACCUCAGCAGAGCGAGAAAUUGUGAGAGACAUGAAAGAAAAGUUAUCUUACAUUGCCCUUGACUAUGAGCAGGAGCUUGAGACUGCAAAGACUAGUUCCUCCGUGGAGAAGAGCUAUGAGUUACCUGAUGGGCAGGUGAUUACCAUUGGUAACGAGCGAUUCCGAUGUCCUGAAGUUCUUUUCCAGCCUUCAAUGAUUGGAAUGGAAGCAGCAGGAGUCCAUGAGACCACGUACAACUCCAUAAUGAAGUGCGAUGUGGAUAUUAGAAAAGACCUUUACGGAAAUAUCGUACUCAGUGGUGGUUCUACCAUGUUCACUGGUAUUGCUGACAGGAUGAGCAAGGAAAUUACAGCCCUAGCUCCAAGUAGCAUGAAGAUUAAGGUUGUUGCUCCUCCUGAAAGGAAAUACAGUGUCUGGAUUGGAGGAUCUAUCUUGGCAUCUCUCAGCACUUUCCAACAGAUGUGGAUCGCAAAGGCUGAGUAUGAUGAAUCGGGUCCGUCUAUUGUGCAUAGAAAGUGCUUCUAAUCAGGGAGAAACUAUUGACACAUGAUGUACUUUCCAUUAGUGGCCAGGAAUGCAGCAUGCAACCUGCUAGUAGUAGUUUUGUUUUCUAUAUUUGUUGUUCUCACGUUGGAUUGAUUUAUCUUGAGAGGCGAGGAGUUGAUUUCUGGAUGUUAUUCUUAAUUUUUUGAUUAAGAAGUUCCAAUCAUAUUGUCUUGUGCUUCACCCUUUUCACGUAUUGAAUAUAUACAUGUUCCUAA